GUAUCACUACUUGACCUCGCGACUUUCUCCCACUGGCGCUUCGGCAUGCGUCACCAACCGGAAUAUGCUUUGUUCAUUGUUGAGUAGAAUAGCGACCUGCGCGGUUUUACCAAAACAAGAGCGGGUGGCGAGUUAGCGGUAUGUCUGUGUGUGGGAGGGGAUAGCUCCGUUAAACUAGAUCAAAGUCCUAACCGCGGCGACCUUGAACGUGGAGCGCUAGAGAGAGAUAGAGUGAUAGAGAGAGGGAGGGAUAGAGAGGGUCAGUCACAGUGCACAGUCACAGUCAGUUAGUUGCCGACCAUGCGGAUAGUUGGUAGUGUUUGUGUGCGUGUAGUGGAGUAGUUGAACGUGAGUGUCGAUCACAGCGAGAUGCCGCGAACACGUCUAGACCGCGCUGUCAGCAUGAAUACUGACAACAGACCUUACCACGACCUCAAGACCAAGACAGUCACUCCGUCGCUGAUUGGCCGCUGGAAGAGUUUCAGGAGCUCCAUGCACGACUCCGCGUCCGAGCGACUGCCUUUCGGAGACUCCCCGCCCGCCACGGACAGCGUCGGAAUGGUCUUCUUCGAGGAGGAGAACAGCCAUGACGAACUGAGCAUCAAGAUCUGCAAAGACACGAUCAGGCACACUAUCCUAGACAACAUGCGGAUGGUGUCACGAGACGUGAAGAUACUGUUGGAUAUUGAGAACGGACAUUUGGGAAGCAACGAUCUGGACCCGCUUACGUCUAAGUGUACACAAAUCGAGAGGAAUAUAAUUUUUCUAUGGUGUGCGUUUUUGAAAAAGUUAGACCUUCUGGAGGUUCUAGAAAAACAAGGUGUCGAUGUGAAUUUUACUUUGCCAGGUGAAGGACUUUCUUGUCUUCAUUUGAGCGCUUUCAGCGGUUGUGCUAGGUGCACUGAAUGGUUGAUAGAGAAAAAUUGUGAUAUAAACUUGAUGCCGGAGUCAUACACCCCUUUACAUUGUGCGGUGCUUGGGAAUUCCACAGAGACAGUUAAAUUGUUGUUGAAACACCGUGCAGAUUUGAAGGAUACUGUGCUACAUUCCGCUGUCAGAGUGAACGCUGUAGAAUGUUUGUCGCUUCUGGUUCGUCAGAAGCUGGUAGAUGUCAACUGCUUGGACUCCACUGGCAUGUCACCUUUGCACAUCGCAGCUGAUCGUAGGAUGGAGCAGUGUCUCAAAGUUCUGUUGGACUGCAAGAUAGAUGUGAACUUGGAGACUAAGGAGAAGAAGAACACAGCUUUGCACUUGGCAAGUGAAGGAGGAUACGCCGAUUGUGUCUCUAUGCUGAUUUCUAAAGGUGCUUUGGUCGACAAACAAAACUGCAAGGGACAAACCCCUCUCCAUCUGGCAGCAAAGUGUCAGGGUGUGGAAUGUGUGGAAACUUUGUUGAAGGCCGGAGCAGAUGUGAAUGCCGUAGAUGCUGACAACAUAACACCUCUGCGUGCAGCUGUAGGCAAAGCUUUACUGGCAUAUAAUACGUUAGAAACUUUACUUUCAUGGGGAGCCGAUGUAAAUAUAAGAGAUAAAUAUGGGUUUUCUGCUCUCCAUGUGGCUGCACUAAACGAGUUGUCCCAGUGUGUCGAUGCUUUGAUCAUGAAAGGUGCCGAUGUGAGUGCCAAAACUAAAGGUGGGUUGACACCUCUCAGUAUUAUAAGUAGAAAAACACCGGCUUGUUUGGCGACUAUUUGUAAAAAAUUAGAUAGUUCAAUAUCCCUCCACGACCCAGAAGCUUCUAACCGUGAGGUUGAGGUAAAAUUAGAUUUCAGAUAUUUGUUGCAACAUUCGUCUAAUGGAGAAUGUGGUCUUUUAAAAACAUUAGUAGACGAAGGCCAAAAAAAUAUGCUUGAGCAUCCUCUCUGUGGUGCUUUUUUGUGUCUAAAGUGGCAGAAGAUAAGAAGGUUUUACUUUUUGAGACUAUUUCUAAGUGCAAUUUUUGUGAUAUUUUUAACACUUUAUGUUAUGACUGCCCUAGCUCAUAAUUGUUACAAUGCUGCUAAAAAUACCAGUAUAAGUGAUCAAGAACUUUGUCUCAAUAACUCCAUGGUGAGAACAAUGCUGAUCAGCAAUCCACAUGUCAUAGAGGUAACGUGGUACAUUCUCGUAGUUUUUACUGUUGUAGAAAUUUUCAGAAAACUCCUCGGUUUGGCCGGCUAUCGGUCUACAAAACAGUAUUUUUUCCAGUGGUCAAACAUGAUAGAAUGGUAUACAGUGUUCAGUGUAUUUGCAACCUCGUUCAUUUACACCGGAAGAACUUACAUUUGGCAGAACCAUGUCGGUGCAUUUGGUGUACUCUGCGCCUGGACGAACUUGAUGGUCAUGAUUGGACAACAUCCGAUUUUUGGAACUUAUGUAGCGAUGUUCACAAAAGUGCAAGGAGAGUUUGCUAAAUUAUUUCUAGCCUACGCUUUUCUUCUUAUCGGAUUCACCGUCAGUUUUUGUGUGAUUUUCCCCAUGUCUCAGGACUUCAACAAUCCUCUGAUCGGUUUUGUUAAGGUUCUGGUGAUGAUGACCGGAGAGCUUGAUAUGGCGAUGCUUACUAGUUCCGAUGGGAAAAACAUUCUCCUCGAUAUCAGCGCACAUAUCACCUACGUUCUGUUCCUACUCUUCGUCACAGUGGUGCUCAUGAACCUGCUGGUUGGUAUCGCAGUCCACGAUAUACAAGGCCUUCACAAGACUGCUGGACUUUCCAAACUUGUGAGACAAACCGAGCUGAUAUCUUUCCUGGAGAUCGCGCUGUUUCAAGGUUAUGUACCACGGAAGAUCAUCGACGUGCUGAAGUGGCCUGCGUUGGUGUCGCCGUCAGCCUACCGCGUGGUGCUUCACGUCAAACCUCUCAAUCCUCGAGAGAACCGGUUGCCCAAACAGAUUCUGAUGGCUGCCUAUGAGAUUGCCAGAGAACGCAGGAAGUGUAAUACCAAUACGCUGGCACCCACCGCUACCCACAGGUACGCCAGUGACGCCAAAGAGGACAGCUUCAAACAGCUGUCCGAAGAGGUGAGAAACUUGAAGCAGUUACUUCAGGAGCAGCAGCAGAGUGUGAAUCAGCUGCUUCAGAUUCUCGGGAGUAAAGGUUCUGCCAAAGAUCUUUCUGAGUAAAUAAUAGGUUGGUUCAAACACAUUACUACCAUUAUUACAUUGCUAUAAGUAUAAUAGAUUUGGUUAAAUCUUAAAAAAAAUUUAAGAAUGUUUUGUUCUAACAAUUUAUAAGGAUAAGGUAUAUUUAUAUAUAUAAAAUUUGGUUGUUGUUGUUUUACACUCCAAUUCAAACGUACAUAUUUAAAUGGAAACUUUUGUUAGGUAACCUUUGUUUACUUUUAGAUUAGAUCGAACAAAUAUAUCGAGUUGAGCUUUACGCUUGUUUAACAGUGGAAAAAUACCACAUUUUACCAAACAAUAUUUAACAAACAAUUAAUUAUAUAUUGGCUUUUUUGAACAUUUAAAUUUAGUUAUAGAUUUCAUUAACAAAAUUCUAGCACAACCUUUGUAUUGAAACUAAUGAAGGGUUGUACAAGUAAAUAGUUUUUGUACUUAUAUAUAUUGAUUAAUUAAAUAAAGCAAAAUAUAGCAAAACGCCAGUUAAAAUGUACUGCAUUCUGCUUGUUAAAAUACCAUUGUAGAUGUUUUAUUUGUUCCAAGUUCCAAAUAAUUAAUACUGUAAAGAUUUUCUAUUACUUUUGAAGGUUUAAAUAGACAUUUUCCUAGUUUCAUCCUAAGAACUGCAAACCUUUAACAUUGAGUUAUUAUAAUUAGAAAAAAAGUUGAAUAAUAUUUAAUCCAAAAAUCUAGUCAAUAGAAUAAACAAAUAGUAUAAUUUAAUCAUGAGAGAAAACAAAUUUUCCCUGUAAGCCUUACACACAAUUAUUAUUAAAAACUUCAAAUCUAAUUCUUGUGACUUAAAAUCCUCAAUUUAAUAAUUUUCUUGCCAAUCUGGGAAUACAAAUACACUUUAUGGUUGUGCGUGUAACAGACAACUUUUGUUUACAUAAAAUUUCAUAAAUUGAAUAGCGAUCUUAAAUAAUUAAGUUAGCAGAUUUGAAUAGUAUCAAGAUAAUACUUAAUCACUUUACACUGUCAAAGUCAGGUUUUUGUUCUUACUGUAUGUAAUACAAUGAUGGUCUUUUAAUACCUAUCAUCCUAGAUGUAAAGGUAGGACAUAUAAAAAAAUACAAUGUGGACAGUUAGAAUAAAUCUCAAUAUUGCUAUACUGUACGGUUGUUACUUUAAGUUAGCUGUAAAAUUUUAACAUUUUCAAUAAAAUCUAUUAACUAAAUUCAAAUAAAAAAUGUUACCAUUUAUAUUACUUUUUUGUAAAGUACACACCUCAGUUGCUUAGUAUCAAAGUAAUAUGAUACUGUAGUCUUUUAUGAAAUAUGUUACAUUAUUAAUAUAUGUGAUUUUAAAGUUGAAUAUUGUACAUAAUCAAUUAUUUACUUGUGACUUAGAUCAUAUUGCACUGUAAUUUUGGUGGUAAUAAAAGUAAUAUCUGUGUUAAGUUAAAGUUGUCACUAUAAAAAGUUCCUCAAUGUUAUUUUUAGCUUUUAUAUAAU